AUGACGUCCAUCACAGUCCGCAUCCAUCCGGUGGUGCUGUUCAACAUCGUCGACAUAUAUCAGCGCCGAAACCACGACGCGAAUCGAGUGAUCGGCACUCUCUUGGGCUCUCAGGACAAGUCGGGGAACGUGGAGGUGAGCAACUCGUUUGUGGUGCAGCACCGGGAGGCCAACAACGAGGUGGCCAUCGACAUCGAGGUCGCCAAAGAGCUGUUUGAAUUGCACCGCAAAGUGAAUCCCAAUGAGACGAUCGUCGGCUGGUUCGCCACCGGAGGCGGUGAAGUGAAUGAGUACUCCGUUGUCAUCCAUGACUACUACUCGCGCGAGACGUCUAACCCGAUUCACCUGACAGUGGAUCCGUCGGAGCGCAACCUCAACGUGAAGGCGUACGUCUCGACGCCCUUCGGAGUGCCCGGGAAGACGACGGGAACCAUGUUUUCGUUGCUGACGGACGUGUCGAUAGCGGCCGGCUAUGAGCCCGAGAUGAUAGGUCUGCGCGCCUGUAUGUUGGCCUCCGGGCUCCAGACGUUCGGCAUCGCCAAGAAGAUGGACAGCGAGUUGGAUAUGAUUGUGCAGACCUCGCAGAAAGCGCAGGAACUCAUCCAAACCAUACUGGCCUUCAUCGACGACAACAUACUUUCCGGCAAUAAAUCGAUUCCCAGUAAUAGUAAUGAUAUCGGAAGACAACUGAUGGCCACCAUCGAGAGUAUUAUCCCAUUCGGUGGCGAUGACGACGACUCGCUUAAUGCUAACCUCAAAGACCUCUUAAUGGUUGUCUAUCUGACAAAUCUAACCAAAACCCAACUCAUGUUAAACGAAAAAUUAAGUUUACUUCAAAUCAAUUGA